AUGGCUCCUCCCCAAGGCGUCCUCACCGGCGCCCAGGCCGAGAGCGGCCUCACUGCCAUCGAGAUCAAGGCCAACAUGACCUCGGGUGGUAACGCCGCUUUCAAGAACUACAACAACGAGUUUGCUCACAUCGCCAACACUGAGGAGCGUCGCCGCCUCGCCCUCGCCGAGGUCGACCGCGCCCCCUUCGGCUGGUACCAUGUUCGCACCAUUCUCAUUGCUGGUGUCGGUUUCUUCACUGAUUCCUACGACAUUUUCGCCAUCGGUCUCGUUACGUCUAUGAUUGGUAUUGUCUACUUCGGCGGUUCUAUCACCGACUCUGCCGACACUGCCAUCAAGGUUGCUACCUCUGCUGGUACCAUCGUUGGUCAGCUUGGUUUCGGUAUCAUUGCUGAUCUGCUCGGUCGCAAGCGCAUCUAUGGUCUUGAGCUUAUCAUCAUCAUCUUCACCACCCUCGCCCAGGCGCUUUCUGCUCAGUCUGCUGCCGUCUCCAUCACUGGCCUCAUGGUCUUCUGGCGUAUCAUGAUGGGCAUUGGUGUCGGUGGUGACUACCCGCUUUCCGCUACCAUCACCUCCGAGUUCGCCACUACCCGGUGGAGAGGUUUCAUGAUCAACGCCGUCUUCGCCAUGCAGGGUAUUGGUCAGCUUACUGCCGCCAUCAUGCUGCUCAUUGUCACUGCUGGCUUCAAGGACUCUCUGUCUGUCUCCGCCAAGGCCAGCGAGUGCAGCACCAACUGGGUGUGCGCUUCUGCUAUUGACAAGAUGUGGCGUAUCAUUGUCGGCUUCGGUGCCGUCCCUGGUUGCAUCACCCUGUACUUCCGUCUCACCAUCCCCGAGACUCCUCGUUACACCUUCGAUGUCGACAAGGAGGUCAAGCGCACCGCCCGCGACAUCGAGGCUGCUCACCACAUGGACAUUGAGGAGCCCGUUGAGGAGCAGCAGGCUUCGUGGAAGGAGUUUGCUCGUCACUACGGCAAGUUCCGCAACCUGCGAGUCCUUAUCGGUACCGCUCUGUCCUGGUUCUUCUUGGACAUUGCCUUCUACGGUCUUGGCCUGAACAACCCUAUCAUCCUGAACGCCAUUGGCUGGUCUGGUGGCUCCGACGUGUACAAGGUCUACUACAACACUGCUGUUGGUAACCUGAUUCUCGUCCUGGCUGGUGCUGUUCCUGGCUACUGGGUUUCUGCCGCUACCAUCGAUACCAUCGGCCGCAAGCCCAUCCAGCUGUUUGGUUUCUUCAUGCUCACCCUCCUGUUCUGCAUCAUCGGCUUCGACUUCUGGAACCUGUCGGGUGGCGCCCUCAUGGCUCUCUACACCCUGUCUCAGUUCUUCUUCAACUUCGGCCCCAACUCCACCACCUUCGUCAUCCCCGCCGAGGUGUUCCCCACCAAGUACCGCUCCACCUCCCACGGCAUCUCCGCCGCCUCGGGCAAGCUCGGCGCCGUCAUCGCCCAGGUCGUCUUCGGCCCCCUCAAGAGCCGCGGCGCCGACAAGACCCUCGCCAAGACCGACGCCCGCUGGAGCAACCCCUGGCUCAACCACAUCAUGGAGAUCUUUGCGCUCUUCAUGCUCUGCGGCUUCCUCACCACCUGGCUCAUCCCCGAGACCGCCCGCAAGACCCUCGAGGAGCUCGGCGGCACCGAGCCCGCCACCCCCCGCGAGCCCGAGGUCUCGCCUGCCGCCAACCCCGAGAAGACUGGCGACCGUGAGUCGUCUUAA